AUUCUGGGUUUUAUUGAUUUUCUCCACUUUUAUUAAGAUUGAACGUUGGUCGUUAGUUUAUAAAAAUGAGCUGCAAUGGUUGUCGCGUGCUCCGAAAGGGGUGCAGCGAGACAUGCGUGUUACGAUCGAGCUUACGGUGGAUCGAAUCGCCCGAAGCCCAAGGCAACGCCACCUUGUUUCUCGCCAAGUUUUUCGGCCGUAGUGACCUCCUUUCUCUUAUCUCCUCCGUCCCUGAGUCCCAACGCCCCGCUUUGUUUCAAUCUUUAUUGUUUGAGGCAUGUGGGCGUACCGUGAAUCAGGUGAACGGAGCGGUGGGGUUGUUAUCGAGUGGGAACUGGCACGUCUGUCAAGCGACGGUGGAAACAGUUCUUCAGGGCGGAACUUUACGUCCCAAUUCGGGGUCUUCUUGGACGCCGAGGUGCAACGAGUCAUGGGAUCGGUUCUGUGUUAACUCGUGCAACUAUGAGUUGAAGCCGAUGAUGAUGAUGGGGAAUCAAUCGGUUUCGACGGCGUCGGAUCUUAGCUUGUCUUUGACGGCUAAGAUGGGCGGAAAAAGGCGUGGAAGGAGGGAAGAAGAGGAAAAUAAGAGAGAGAAAAAGGCAGCGUUUUAUUCGGAGGAAUCGGAGAUAACCAUUUUUGAAAGCAACGACAACGAAGAAACCCAAGACAAAAAGAUUUUGAAUCUCUUUGUUUGAGGGGGAAAAGGGAUUUUCCCCUUCAUAAACCGCACAU